UCACAAUUAAUUUUGAUACGCGACAUUGAGAACGAGUAAGAGCCGAGUAUGAACUUAAUAGAUGCUUAGCGAGCCGAGUCUGAACGUAUAAUAAUUACUUUGCAGUCACAAAUAAAAUUUGAUAUUGAUUUUUGAGAUUAAGAUUACUGGAUGACUGAAUGAUGACAUCAGUCACACCAGUUGACAUCAUGUACGAGUAAAUAAUUAAUUGAUGAGUAAUGAAAGUGAAUGUAAAUUAAGAAUAAUUAUUUGUGGCUUCAAAGUCACGUGAUUGCGAGUAUAUGUAUAUAUAUCUAUAUAUAUAUAAAUACAUACACAUAUACAUACACAGCAUAUACAUAAAUAUAUGUGUUACUUAUAACCUCUUGCUAAGAGUUUAGUGUAUUAGUAGUAUUUAAGUGUCAGGACUGUAGCUAGCUGCUAUCACGGUAUAAGAUAUAUAUAUUAUAAAAAGAAAUAUAAUGAAUGUGUUCAUGGGAGAUCGGUUUUUUGUGAGACGUGUUCAGAGUUUGCCCCGUCAGGUAAUACGCAUGGUGGCGGAGAUCCUACAUAAAUUGACGAGUGUUCACAAUUAUAAACUCUUAGAAGUUCUGGACAUGCUUGACAAGAUACCCACGAUCACCGGACUCCGAUUACCUUGCGUUUUGGAGGGUCUCUACACAACCACCGAGAGGAUGCAUGCCAUCCGGCUGGCCCGUCACGUUAACGCGCGAAUUUCAUUCGAUACAUACAAUGCCCCGUACUUCUACACGGGAGAUGAGGAGGGUAUAAAUGAAAUGGCGGAUGUAUUGAUUCAGUUUCUCGAUUAAUGAAGGAAGAUGCAAUUUAUAUUUCUAAUUUGAUGUGUUCAAGUACUUAUUACUAUAAUAACAA